AUCAUUUAAAACUAAUGUAAUAACAAUUUCUCCUACAGUAAUAUUUUCGUUACUAUUCUGAAAGAGUUUCAGUGUAAAUAAUGCUGACAAACUAUGUCUAGGUAAUUUUGACUAUUAACGACAGACAAGUAAAUUUUUAAAGACAGUGAAGUGGUAUUAUGUAGGCAUUAGGUAAAUAAGUGCUUAUGACAUAAACUUACUUAAGAAGAUAAGCCAAGAAAAAAAGCAGAAAAAUAAAAAGACUAAGUGUAAAAAUCUGUCAUACAUGUAUACUAAACCUAUAAUCCCUAACAAUAUGAGUUACAAAUACUAACAUUAUUAACGUCAAAUACAUUCGUGUUCAAAUUAAUCCAGGAUUAUCAGUGCAAAACAAAUUAAAACAUCAAAACAAUGUGAAACGAUCAGUGCAGUGAAGUGAUAAAACAGAACGAUUUAAACCAGUGUCAGUGAUGCAGAGUCAUUAAUAAAAUCUAAUUAAACUGGUAUGCUAUAAACUAGUGAGUGUCGCAUAAAUGACGGCUAUAGUGCCAUAUCCGUAGUAGUUGCAGCAUGACCACGUGGAUGGCGCUUUUCGGGCUAGUGUGGCUGUUGCGCGUGCGUGGUUCGCUCUGCGGCUGCGCGGCGUGCCGACGCGCGCGGCACGAUGCGCACGAGUCGCACGGCUCGCACGAGUCGCAAGGCGCGCCUAGCCCACGCGCCCCCAGUCCCGAGAGCACGGCGCCGUUUGACGUCAUCACUCUAGAACAUUUCACCCGUGACGUCACGGUACAGACUGACUUUGAUGACGAAGAAGUUGAAGACCUUGAUAAGAUCGAGAUGCAGAUUUCUGAAGAAUCAAACGUCGGUAACUACGAUUGCGGCCGAGAACAGCCGGCGCACAGCCCAGGAAGUGGACGACAUGGCGCCGGAACCAUUCAGUGUCCUUCGGAUGUCGACGGCGAGGCGGUGUGGGAGACAGCUGACGUGACGUUGGAGCGGGGAGCGAGCGGGCUCGGCCUGAGCAUAGCAGGCGGGGAGACAGGCAGUGACGUCAGCAUAACACGGCUAGCCGUGGGAGGGUCCGCGGCUAAAGACGGGAGGCUGCAGAUAGGGGAUAUUUUGUUACAAGUUAACGACAUUUCCGUGGAAGGUGCACCACAUUCAGUAGCGGUUGACGCACUUCAAAAAGCCGGGAGCGUCGUUAGAUUAGUGGUACGCCGAGCUCGCAGGCCCAGAGUGGUGACGCUCUGGCGUGGGGUCCGAGGCCUGGGUUUGGGGAUAGCCGGUGGGGCAGACGACGCGGCCGGUGGUGGCGGGAUCUUCGUUUCACAUAUAGCCGUCGGCGGGGCCGCCCAUCAUGACGGCAGACUGAGAUUAGGCGAUAAAAUUCUGGCUGUGAGAGAUAAAGAUGGUAUAGAAACGUCCUUGAUUGGUUCAACGCACGCUCAAGCUGUGUCCGCAUUGAGGAGUACAGGAGACCAGGUCACGCUGGUCGUACUGUCUGCAGGUUCAGUUCCGCCCGUUGCUAAGACCGCGCCUUUGUACUCAACAAAAACACAAGCCACGUCGUGCUCGACACUUCACGAACUGUUGGAAGAGGAGCCGAGCGAAAUUCCAAGAUGCGUCCGCAUGGUUCGACUAGUCCGUUCCGGCUCUCGUCUCGGAAUGGACAUCGUCGGCGGCCUCGGAGGGGAGGUAGAGGGGACUACGGAGGAAGACGCCUGCGGAGUCUUUGUGUCAGGAGUGUCAGUCGGUGGAGCGGCAUAUGGUAUGCUGCAUCGAGGAGACAGGAUCCUGAGUGUAGAUGGCAGAGAUCUCACGAGGGCAACGCAUGAACAAGCUGCAGCAGCGCUGAAGCAGUACUCAGGUGCGACAGUGAACAUCGCGGCGCAGUACCAGCCGGAGCAGUACGAGCGGCUGCGCGCGCGCAUCCGAGCUAUCAACGCGGCGGCCGCCAUGUCACCGCGAGCGAGGCCCGUUCCUGUACAUCCUGAUCUACAUAGUAUGUAUCCAAGGUAGCAGUGAACGGGCUGUGAAAAUGACCAUUGAUAAGAACUGAACAUAGUAUAGUUAGUGAAAAUUUAUAAAGUUGUAUGUAAAUCAAUAAAAAUAUCAAUUUCAUGCGACCCUUUAUUCAAUUGUUUUGUUUUGUGGCUCUCGUACGAUCAAAAAGUUAACCAAAACUCACUAAAUAGAAACGAACAAGAGUAAUCGAUGAACAUUCUUCAAUACAACGUUUAUGGUGAUACAAACUCAAUUUUCACAAAUCCAUACCUUACAUACAUGUCUUAAGAGUCUUUUUCAGGCCAUCAUACUGUUAAAAUAUAAUAUGUGGACAUUUUGGGUAGAUUUUUUUUUCAUUUUCGAGACACAGACCUCAAAAAGAAAUACAUCUCCAAUUAAGUCGGUAUGUUAUUUUGUCCUGUCCGGUUUUCUGUACGUACUUGUAUCUUCUAUUCUCGUGUAAAACCGACGCGACGUAAUAGAACUCUCUGGACUUAACAAGCUAUUUUUAUAAGCUCUCGAUUCAAUGCAAUUUUAUUUUCUGCUAAGUCUGUCUACAAG